AUGGCUGCUGUCGCGGCUGUAGCCAGUCUUGAUGAGGACAAGGAGAAGGAGCGUGUCAUGUCCCUGCCACAGCUGCAAAACCUGAUGAAGCGGGACCCGGAGGCGUACAGCGUGGAGUUCGACCAGCAGUGGUCACACUUCGACAGCCAGAUGGAGAUCUUCAAGCUGAAGCCGCAGAAGCCCUCCAGCUCUUUUGCAGAACAGGUCAUGUUCCUAGCGCACGUGGCUCCAAGCUUUCCGAACCGGGCAAAGGCCUUUCCAGAUCUCUUGAUCAGUGCUUUGAACGAGCAUUUCGAGGUCAUGCACGGCAGCAUGCGGACCACGCUAGUGCAGGCAUUGAUUCUGCUUCGCAAUCGGAACCAGUUUGCAUGCAGCAAGACAUUGCCGGUCUACUUCAAGCUCUUCAAAUCGCAGGACAAAGCCUUGCGCAAGAGCAUUUUCACCCAUAUCGUGCGAGACAUCGCGCACAUGAAUCAGAAGUCUAAGAAUCAGAAGGUCAAUUUCGAGCUGCGCGACUUCUUCUUCGCGCGGCUAAAGGAGACCGAAGCAGAGGUGUGUCGGCAUGCGUGUGCCGUUUUCAUCACCAUGUACCGCCAAAAUGUCUGGUGCGACUCGCACGUUGCCAACCUCAUUAGUGCGGGGCUGCUGCAUCCUGAUUUGAAGAUCGCGGCUGCUUUGGCACAUCUCUUCCUGGGCAACAAAACCAAGGGACUCGAAGGCAUCCUCGAUGAGAGUGAGGAUGAAGAAGAGGAUGAGAACAUCAACGAGGCCGUCACGGGCAUCGUGGGUGCCAAGAAGACGGGCAAUCGCGUGAAGAGACUCAAACGAGCGAAGAAAGCAGCAAAAAAGGCGGCGAGGAAAAACGCUAGAAAGGACAGCACGGUCGUGAACUUCGUCGCUAUUGAUCUACUCAACGAUCCGCAGACGCUUGCCGAAAAGCUGCUGCAGCGGUUGAGCAAGGGCGGCGAGCCCUUCCUCUUCCGCCUGCUGAUGCUGCACCUCGUUGCCAGGCUGAUUGGGCGGCACCAGCUUCAGGUGUUGAACUUGUAUCCGUUCUUGCAGAAGUAUCUGGUCCCAACGCAGAAGGAGGUGACCAAAGUGAUGGCUGCACUGGUGGAGGCAUCGCAUCCGGCUGUUCCACCCGACGAUGUUCGACCGGUGAUCUUGCACAUAGUUCGCUACUUCGUGACAGAGGCCAAUUCUCCCGAGGUGAUUGAAGUUGGCCUGAACACAAUCCGAGAGGUAUGUGCCAGGUCCAUCAACAUAUUGACAGAAGAGGAGCUGGCAGAUCUUUGCAGCUUCCGCAAGCACAAGAACAAAGGCGUGUCGAUGGCAGUUAAGAGUCUCAUCAACACCUACCGUGAGCUUCAUCCUCAGCUCCUGCACCGUUCUCUGCGUGGCAGAGAAGCGACGAUGGCUGUCAGUAGAGGGGAGGUGCAAACUCCGCAAUUCGGUGAGCUUCAGGCAUCGGAGAAGAUCGAAGGCCUGGAGCUCUUGGCAUCCAAGAAGCACAAGGUAGAUGACGGGACUGCCAAAGAUGCGAAAGAUCUGAUGACCGAGAAGGUCCUAAGCCCAGAUGAUUUCAAGCAGCUCCGAAAGCUUCGGCUACAGAAGUCCAUCGAGCUCCAGAUGGGCCGCAAGCGACCGGCGGAGGAGAUGACCUCAUCCUCCAACUCCGGUAGUGACUCGGAUGUUGAAGUGGAGGAGGACGAGCGUGGGCUCACAGGCCGCCUUCCUGACCAAGUCUCAGCUGACAUGCUGGCCGCUGCGCCAAAGCGGGCGCGAACCAAAGCAGAACGCCUUGCCAGGGCGCGCCUCUCGGUGCUUCGUGAAUCCCCGCGCAAACAUGCGCAGAUUGAAAUAUCCAUGAUCCUGCUCGAGAGCAUGAGUGCACAGAGCACCUUCAGCUGCAACGAUGGUUGCCUGAUAAACGCCAGCUUUCAGAACGACGAUCACUGUGACUGUGCUUCGUGUGAGGAUGAAAGUGCGUGGGACUGCAUGAUAUGUCAAUGUCCAACCAUAUGCGGUCGCUACACUAGCUGCAUCAGUUACCCUGGCACGGGUUACGGUGAUGGUCCUGGUUAUGGUGGUCCUACGAGCCCGCCCACUGCCUAUUGCAACGACGGGUGCCAGCUGUCUUCCAGCUACAUGCGGAAUGAUGGCUAUUGCGAUUGCGCCGAUUGCGAAGAUGAGGACGAAUGGACGUGUGCUCUUUGCAAAGAUGGCUGUCCGGCAGCCUCUUGCUCAGGGGAUUUCAAGAUGUGCACAUACUACGAAGGCGACACCUUCACUUGUCAAAAUGGCUGCAUCAUUGACUACUGGAAGAUCAACAACGGAUGGUGCGAUUGUGGGGACUGCGAAGACGAGGUGCACUGGAACUGCACGGAGUGUGGCUGCCCAUCAGCAGCUUGUGAAGCUGGCUCGCCAUGCCCGGUUAAGUUCGAGUGUAUUGACGGUUGCCAGUUGCCAAAUGCCACUACAAACGACAACAAGUGCGACUGUAGUCAGUGUGAAGAUGAGACUCGAUGGGAUUGCACGUCUUGCAGCUGCCCUACCACGGGCCAGUGUGGAACUGGCAUGGGGUGCGGAUUGACAGAAGGAGAAACCUUCUUUGCCUGUGAGAGAUGCUGGAUUCCCAUGGCGCAGAGGAAUGAUGGAGAAUGCAACUGCGAGAAAUGUGAAGACGAGGAUCUCUUCACUUGUGCCAGCUGCGGUGGCUGUCCGACGCAGUGCAAUGGCACGGCGGUUGUGUGCGUGCUGAUCACGGAGAUUGCCGAUCCCGGCAGCAUCCCAGCUGGCAGGUUUGUCGAGUUCUACUCCGUUGGUGGCAUUGACCUCCAGGGUUUGCGUCUGGUGCGAUGGUCGAAUGGAAAUGCCGCUUACACAGCCGCGUCGGCAGUGGUUCUUGAUGGCAUCGUGCUACCAGCUGGCAGCUUCUAUCUCAUCUGCAAUAACAAGACCGUCUUCGACGCCGUGUACUCACCAGCCACCUGUGAUCAGUCAGCUCCACCAGGAAGUGCGGCAAACUCGAACGGAAACGACAACAUCGCAAUCGUCGACUCACUCGACAACUUCAUCGACGUCUUCGGGGUUCCCGGGGAGGAUGGCACCGGCACCGCGCACGACUUUGCGAAUGGUCGCGCAGAGCGUAAAGCAAGCAUCACAUCGCCAAAUGCUGUGUGGAGCCCGUGGGAUUGGAAUAUUCGAAGCCUCAGUGCAGGAAACCCUCUAAGCGGACCAGCUGGCUUCGACCCAGGUCAAUGGAUUGGAAGCCCACCCGUCACGACCGUGAAGGCCUUGUCUGUUUUCGUGGUCCAAGAACUGAGCCCCUUGGUAUCCGUGGCUUUGGAUGCGGCCAGUGCAGACCUCACCAAGAUGCAGGUGACGCUUGUUCGAGACGAUGUGCCGGCUGGCAUUGUUCUGGGAUUUACCUUGCUGACGAAUCCGUACACUUCAGACCCGCCGCCCUCUUUGAUACAAGUUGCGACAACUGGAGUUGGCGAUGCUGGCUCGGCCUUUGCUGCGUUCUCGCAGGUGUAUCUCCAGCAGCUUGCCUACCCGGCUCUCCUGGUCUCAGCUGUAGACCACCGCGCGCAAUUGUCAGCUUGGCUACCUGCCAGUGCUCCAUAUCACCCUGUGGCCGGGGAGACUCUUUCUAUCAACAAUACAAAUGGCACGCUUGGAGAUCAUUUUCUUUAUGCAGACCUGGCGACCGUCCAAUCUGGGACCUACAUUGAUGUUGUGGCGUCGAAUGCUACUGGGAAGACGUACUGGAGGUUGACUCAGAACACAUCGUACCCUGCAACCGCAUCCUGCAUUCGCCUGGGUCGCGACAAUCUGUGGAAGCAGGCGGCGGUUUCUCGCCCGAGUGUCGCAGAACUGCAGGCAGCAGGCAUCACGACAGACCUGAACGGAUUCUGGUGCGUGGCCAGCCGCGGUUUCGGCCUCUUCGGGAUCUUUGUCCCGCUCGCUUCGGGAACCACAACGCCACAGCCAACGACGACGCCGGUGCCUGUGGCGCAGAACCUGCAGAACAAGGUCUUGACGUUGUCGAGUGGGCUUGUCGCCGAUGCACUCAGUCAAGCUAUGCAGACUCCCGAAGUUGCAGUGGUCAUACCCGAGCCCAAUCCAGCAGCCGGGACCUCUCUAGGUCUGAUCAGUCUUCCGACUCCCGACCCGCAGACAUCUUCAGGAAUCCUCCAGCUGACGACGAUCAACGAUCCUACGGUGCCGAUAGCCAUCCCGACAGCGUUGCAGUCCUCCAUAAGCUCACCCUAUGCAGCUGUUUCUGUCCUUGAAGUCGAGCUUGGCGUCGCAGAUGUGCAAGCGUUGGACCUACCUGCGGCGACAGUGCAGGGAUUGAGCGUGCAAACAGCUGAAGGGAAGGAUCUCAAGCUUGGCUACAAGGUAGUGGAGGUGAGCUUUCUUGAGCUGGACCAGUUCAGUGGCCCGCAGGUUCUGGUUGUUCCGAGCUUUUCGAACCCCAUCUACAUGAGGCUCUCUGCGAACAACUUCACGGAUGCCGUGUGCGCCUUUCUGAACGAUAACAACACUUGGUCCGAGGAUGGGACCUACGUGCCGGACAUGCAGGAGAUCAGCAAUGUUUUUGGGCCCGAUGUGGCGGCUGCCGGGGGCUUCUGGUGUGCUGCGUACCACCUCUCGCUCUUCGGAAUCCUCGAGGCCAGUGCAGGGCCGGCUCUGGACGCCACGGGCGCCAUUGUCCUGGACAAGGUGAUAACCUGGACCGAGCCCCUCGCGAGCCAGGCGAUCAGUCUGUCGGUGGCUGACCCAUAUGCUUCCGCGGCCCAGAGAAGCCAAAGCCUUCCCGAUGACAUAGCGGCGGGUCUCCUCACCAUACCCUUUGGAGAUCCGAUGAGCACUUCUGGCUAUAUGACGCUGGCGACGAUGGGCUCUGCUCUAGUGGUGGCAGUCCCCGUGCAGUUCCGCACGAUGCUGCUUGCGUCGUACCCGGCCUUGUCUGUGGCCUUGUUCUCCACCACCUCUGCAGCAGAAGCGGCCUUCGGCCUCCCGGGGGAGCUGGCUGCGGGAGUGAUCGUCACAACAGCACAGGGUGAGUUCCAGAUCGGCCCAGCGAUGCUCCAGGUGAGCCUCGUGGACAUGGUCUCGGUCACAUACUUGUCGGUCGUCGAGUGGGUGACAGCCAACACACGCGUCUACGUCAGGCUCUCGGAAGGCAUCUUCCCAGACACUGCCGUGUGCGCUAUGCUCGACCAGUUUGAUGAGUGGUCCCACGAUUACAUCUACAGGCCGAGUGCCGCGGAGCUCAAUUCUGCUGUGGGUCCGGACUGGAGCAGCGGCUUUUGGUGUGCUGCCACACGCUUCUCGCUCUUCGCCAUUCUUGAGGCCGUCGAUGCAGGGGGCACACCGCCCCCUGGCACCCCGUUGCGAGACACAGUGCUGCACUUUGCGGGCCAGAAAUUCGGAGAAGCGCUGCAAGCUGCAGCUGCGAUGCCAAACAUAUCGGGAGCUUUUCCGUGGACUGGUUCCUCGAUCACUGGGGCGCUCGUUACCCUUCCGCUGCCUGGUCCGAGCGACAGCUUCGUGAACGUGGUGGCACCGCUCGCUUCGGACAUCUGGAUUGCCGUCCCUGCGGGGCUCUCAUCGACCUAUGACGUUCUAUCUGUCGCAGAGAUCCAUUCCAACGUGUAUACCAAUGUCACGCUCCCACAACUGAUGGCUCCGGAUGCGACGGUGUCGUUGGCAGACGGCCGACCAGCGAUCGUGCAUUCUUUGUUGGAGGUCAGCGUGAUGAACAGCGAUAUCAACGAUCCAUACUUUAUUGCCCUCUCAGGCUUGGAGCCUCGUAUCUACAUGAGGCUCUCCCAGAGUGUGUUCCCGGACCUGGCCGUGUGUGCCUUCCAAACUGACUCCGGGACCUGGUCCCAGGACGGCACGUACAGACCGGAUGCUGCUGAACUGGCUGUUGCCUACUCCGGCUCGAGCGCCACUGUGUCUCUUGAUGGAUUCUGGUGCGCUACAGAUCACUUGUCCCUGUUCGGUAUACUGGAGCCAGUUCAGGAGCCGCAGAUUGUUUGCGACGGGCUGGAAAUCGGGAGCACAUGCAUUGCCACGGCGAUCCUUUUAGGAGGAGUUGGGGGGCCUUUGGCCUGCUGCUGCAUCUGCUGCAUCGUGAUUUGCUGCAUCAAGUGCAGGCGCCCGACAGCUGGCAAGGUCAAGCUGACUGAUACAAAAGGAUCUUCGCACGAGUGGGGAUUUCAGGUUGUCAAGCAGUCUGCCCUCUCACGGGUGAUGCGAACGCCCACCAACAAGUCUGCAAGAUCUGGUGCCACGAGCGCGGAGCCCGAAGAAGUCGAAGCCGUCAAGAUCCACGUGAAGUGGGAUGUGGACGUGGACAAAGCGCAGGAGGCAAACUUCGAUUUCAGUGUGGCUCAAGAUGGCGAGAAGAAGAAAGAUCGCUUCCUCGCUGUCACUGAUACCGCUGGUAUUCUGCUCACAGAAUCAAAGGUGACGCCGAUCAAGUCAGAAAGGUCGAACGAUGUGCAGAGCAAUUCCCCGCGCAGCUCGAGACAUCGGAUGCUAUCCGAGGCGGAGGGAAAGGUGUUGGCCGACUUGGAUGCGGAGGAAAGCCAAAGCUUAGAUGAGGAGGAGCUCGACCCAGACCUCCUUAUAGACUACAAUCCAGAUGAGGAUGACAGUCCCAAACGCAUCAAGUCUGCGAUGGGGUACGAAGCAUAUGAAGAUGGCGCCCACGUGGAAUAUUGGUCUGCCACGCACAGGCAGUGGUUGCAGGGCUCUGUCGACGGCCAGGGCAUCGUCAUGCCGGGAGAUCCCGACAUGCCAACCUACAACCUAGUCCUGAAAGGAGGGAGAUCCACCAAGCAGAGGAGAGACUUUGUGGAGCUCUCUGCCAUCAGGAAGCCACUGAGAGAAGGUCAAGCUGUGAGCGUCAGGCCAGAUGGCGAGGAGAUGUGGGCUCCUGGCAUCGUCGUUGGCCGACAGAGCGUUCCACUAGGCUACCGGGUACUUCUUGUCGGGCCUCCUCGCGAUGGUGAGUGCGUAACGCUGCUGGCAGAUAGGGUCCGCCACCGCAUUCCAGCUGGUCAAAAAGUGGCCGUGUACAGAGGGCUGGAACAAGGCUGGUGUUCAGGAGUAGUUCAAUGUGACAAACCAGAUCAUGAAGUUUGGCCCCAGAUAUCCGUGCAGUUUGCUUCAGCGGAGGGCAGCCAGGUGGAGGAGUGCUUCCAACACCUCGUCCGAGCCGUCCAGAACGUCUCAACAGUACGCGAUCCGACUGACUGGCUUGAGUCGGUUCGCGCCGGGCGCACGGACUUCAAGGAGAAGAUCGUGGAGCGGGCGAAAAAUCGCAAAGGUGGCCGGACAAACAAAGAGAAUGCUCGCAACAAGCCACUUCUCAUGACGCUUCAAAGCAGAGCGGUGAAAGAGAAGAGAGCGCGGACAGCAAAGCAGAAGCUUGCGACACUGCGCGGUCACAUAAAGACACUGAGGAAGAAUGCUGCCCAUCCCAAGCGCAGACGGUGA